GUUUCCUUAUUCAAGAUGGCGGUGAGCGUAGAACUUUCCGGCGCUACUCUACACCUUUCUGAUGUGGAAAGAAAUCCCAAAGAAGUCUCUGAACGCGGAAAAGAAGCUAAAAAACAGCAGACAGGAACCUCUAGGAUCGAGAUAUUCUGUAAAACCUUGGCUUUUCUCAUUGUGGUAUGCUUGAUCUGCGUUCAUUUCGCGCGUGUCCAGCGAGAAGGUAAGCGAUAACUUUUUUUCUAGAGGAAAUUGUUGUCACAUAUUUCGUGACACAAUGACAUAUCGAAACCGAAUUUGUUCAGGUAUUUUCGUACCUGGUUUUAGCAAGAUUUCCUCUUCAUUGGCCCUGUUUAUUGUUGGGAUUACUUGACACGUGUCAACUGCACUGCCGAGAAGUGUAAACAAAACAUUUUUGUACUAAUCAUAGUGUUUUUACAGCUGGAAUUCUGAGUGAAGAAAAAUUGCGAAACACCUGCUGUGUUUGUGUUUCUCCUUUUGUUAACUCGUCAGAUCUUUACAUCGUUUCGUUCAUAUCUAUUUUAAACGAAGAAAUACAUAACUAAAAGUACAAAUGUACGAAAAUAUUUCUACAUUUUUUAAGGAAUCCAGCUAGGUUCGUACUCGUAUUUUAAGGGAAGCCAUUGAUCUUUAAAGCAACAAAAAAUGAAAUGAUUCAAUCCAGCAUCCCCUUCUUUCAAAGUUUGUUCAGGUAUCUAUUUCCUUAGCAGGUCUGACGGUGUGUAAAAGCUUGUCUUAAGGAAGAGUGUCAUGAUUCAUAAUAAAGAAGCCUCGUUUGAGCUGACAUUCAUUCCUUUACAUCCUAACAUCAAUAUGAAUAUUCUCCAUACUAUUCUCUAUACAUUCCCUAUGGUACUGACAAAGAGAAUUUGUUUGACAAUCAGGGGCUUCUUACAUUGGUGAUUAUUUCCUUCAUUCUCGUUAUCUUCACAUUUGAUUGAAGGCUGAUAUUGUUAGGAGAAAUUAGAAGCUGGUCACUUCUAGGAGGCAAAGGGUUAAUUAAUCCAAGGGUUAGAAAAUCAAUGCAAAGUAUUUUCUAUCUUGUGCAGUUACAAAAAAUCAUGAACAACAACUUUAAGAAACAUUAAUGCAUAAAGGGUCUAAUACUAAAGGAAAUACUAGAAGGAAAUUAACCCUUUAACUCUCAGAUCAAAUUUGUAAUUCUCCUUACUGUCAACCAUACAAUUCUUAUAAUGUUAGUGCAGAGAAUUUAGUAUUGUAUCAACUAAUUAUCUCCAAAUUGAUAUUUUUCUUUAUUCUCAUCUCUUAUCUGGUUGAUAUUGUAUUGAUAUUGUAAGGAGAAAUUCUGUCGUGGUCACUCAUGGGAGUUAAAGGGUUAAUGCUAAAAUACUUUAAAAAUUUUUUAGAGCUGUAUCAGGUGAAUUGAAACAGAACACAAUUAAAGGGUCUAAUAUUCAAUUGCUUUAUUUACAGUACUGCUCGCAUGUAAAUUAAUUAACUAACUAGACAAAUUUUGUAUAUGCACAUUUGCACCUUGUUAGAUGCAUUAUAUUAGCAGAACAUUUAACUCCCAGAAGUGAUUAACAUGUAACUUCUCCCUUUAAUAUCCAUACAUUAUCCAAGAAAAAGGUAAUGAGAAUGCUUCAAUUUAUCAUAUAGAAGUUGUUUUCUUGAUCUAGCACCAACUUCUUGUAAUUAAUUAAAAAGGAAGUAUGUUGCAGCUGUAGGGAACAGUAUGUAGAAUAUGCGUACAGAUAUAAGGGUGUCAAGGCUUAUUGAAACAUCAGUAAAAUAUAUGGUUUUUUGUAAUAGGCUCUAGUACCUGCCCUGCUAUGUUUCAGUCUGGUCGCUGGAGAGGAAGCUUUUGGCAACCUCGUGGUUGUAUGAUGCAUUCUUAUACUUCAAGGUAUGCUGGCAAGUUUACUGAUCAGAAGUCAUGAUAGCUUGAAAUGUGUAUGUACACUUUAUUUUGACUGCUGCUUUCAAGCUCAAUGUACAUCAUAGAUCAGUUUGAAAGGGAUACGUCUUGCGGAUGUAGCUUGAUGUUGAUAUAAGCUUGUUUAAAAGUUCCUUUAAUUUGACAGAAAUACUGCACAUACUUACUUCUGCAUAUGAUUCAGUUUGAAAUCUUAACCUAGUAUUUUGUUCAUCCUUGUAAUUCCUAUAGUUUGCUUAAAAGAUAAUAUAAUUUUUUUUCAUUUUUUUGUUUAAUGAAUUAUACACUUAAAGUCUUUAUUUACAGUGACAUUUUAUUUACAGUUUAUUCACUCUAUUACAACACAUUACCCACAAUACAUCACUUACUACGACGUGCUACUUAUAAUGAGCUGCUUAUAAUGAAAUGCCACAGUUAUUAUAUUAUUUCCAAUGCUAACAUUAAUUAACUGACGUUAGUAACAUGAAAGUCAUUAUUUUAUAUAUGUUUUAAGAAGUUGCUAGGCAUACUUUUAAUCCUUUACACCCUAACAUCAGUAUGCAUAUUCUCCAUACUGUUCUCUACAUGUUUCCUAACUUUCUGACAAGGAGAACUUGUUUAACAAUCAAGAGCUUCUUCAGUUGGUGAUCAUUUCCUAUACUCUUGUGACCCAAAUGUGUGCCUCGAGGUUGAUAUUGUAGGGAGAAAUUAGAUGCGAGUCACUCUUAAGGGUUAAAGGGUUAAGAUUGAUAUUCCUGCACACCAGUCAUGAGCCCCACACUAUUCCCCUUUUCAGGCUGUUACAGGUGAAAUUUAGUGCCUGUAGUACCUCUUCUUACUGUGUAAAAUCACUUGAAAUUCUCCAAAAUUCCAGUUUAACAGUUGCUCUCCUGGUCUGAAACUUUCUUUUACUAGUCUUGCUUAAAAUAAUGGAGAACACUGCUCCACAAUAUCAUAAUUUUUUCAUCAAUUUUCAUCACAUACCUCUUGUUGUAUACCGCAAUUAAAAUACUCAGUGUGAUUAAAAUACUUCAUGCAAAGAACUCUAUUUCGUAAAAUGCUGUGAACUUGGAAUCUGCAUGAUUUUAGUUUAAAUAGUUUUGUUUCCUUUUUUGUGUUUAUUUAUUUAUAUAGCCUCUUUUUUCAUUUUUGUAUAUCACUCUUGCUCCUGUAUAUUUAGGAAUCAGGUUAUUUAGACCUUAAGUCUUUGAUGGUAAAACCUUGUCUCUACUUUAUAACAUCUUCUAAGAUGAUACUAACAAUAGUUAUUCAAUAUUUUUAUUCUUGAAGUGAAGUGAGGACUUGUUUACAGAAUCACCCAGUGGCUUUUAUUGGAGAUUCGAGAACAAGAGGCUUGUACUAUGAACUGGUGGAGAUGGUCAGGUUAAAUGCAGUCACAGAUCCAGGAAAAGCAGUAAGAAAUUUUUACAUGGAGUUUUAAAAUCAGUGAUGUAUAAACCAAGAUUGUCGCUACAAAGUGUAAUAGAUGUACAUGUAUAAUCUGAACUAAGUGGGUGGCUAAAAUUAUACACAGUAAGGGUGUGCAAUGCAAAUUUACUACAGAACUAACUACCUUUACCUGCCAGCAUUUUGUCACUUUUCCCAGAAGGUUUGCCAGUAGCCAUUUAAAUUAUUGUGAGUGGAGAGAGUUGUUUUGAGCGUUUCCCAGGAACACAACGCAAUGACCAUGCACUGUACCAAACCAAGACCUCUUGACCCAGAGUCCAGCAGUAUCUCCCAAGAUCUCAUUAGUAAUUCUCCUUACUGUCUGCCAUACACUUCUCAUGAUAAAGUUCAGAGAAUUUGGUAUUGGAUCAACUUAUAGUUCUCUUAUUGAUAUUUCCUUCAUUCUCACCACUUGUCUGCUUGAUAUUGUAUUGAUAUUGUAAGGAGAAAUUCUACUGCAGUCACUCAUGGGAGUGAAAGGGUUAAAUAAAACUUGAUAAGGGUUGUACAUAGCUUUGUGUUUUCCAUAACUGUUGUUUAAUGAUACAAUUAUGCAAUGACACAAUUUUGUUGUGUGAUUUUAUUUUGACAGCAUAGUAAUCUGUCUUACGUUGACAAAAUGAGCAAUACAAGUGUGGUAUGUUUUAAUAAACAAGAUGUUUUCUAUGAUUCAAUAAACUUUAAUUAUCUUUUAUAGUCAAGCACAUCUUUGUUAUGCAAAUUAUAUGAAGAUAGAGGAGAAAAAUGUUGGGAUUUUCCUUUGUUACAUUCAUUUAGAAAUCAUUGAUGAUCCUUGCAAUCUGAUUGAAUUAUGCAGGAAUUGCACCAUUUUUUGCCCCAGAUUGCUUCUUUUUUCCAGCUAAUUAGUAAAACACAAAAUCCUAUCUGAUUUCAGGGCUUCUUUUGAAGUAAUCAAUUAACCAAUCAAUUGUUCAAUUUUGAAAUCACAUGUAUGAUUUCAGACCAAAUUGCACUCUGCUCAGUUCAAUCACUUUAAUUUAUAAAUAACCAAGGUAUCUGACCACAUUUCUGUUUUGUCGGACAAAAGUGGAAACUUGGUCAGAGAUAGAGAGUGACCUGUCAAGCAAUAUAAUUAUUUGCAGUCAUGCAAAUGGUUACAUCUCCAGGUUUAAAAUUAUUCAUAUUAUUUAAGAAUUUUUCACUCUCCAAACCAUGGUCUCCUAGUUUUCCUUUUACUGUAGAAGCUUGUUAAAUCAAGUUGUUAUUAAAAAUGUCAAUGGAUUCUUCAUUAAAUCAGUAAAUGCAUCAAACAGAUAAUGGGAUUACUCAAACUUAUCAGGUAGAAAAUGUUGUUUUGAUCUAACAACAAAUUCUCAUAGCUAAUUUAAAGGAAAUGUGUAGCAGCUAGAGGGGAGAAUUAACAAUCAGAUCUUGGGAGUUGAAGUGUUAAAGCCCAACCUGACAAGGGCAACAAUUUUAUUUUGUAGUUCUUUCACUGGCAACCUGAAGUUAACUUGUCUAUGAAGGCACUGUAUGAUGGGUGGAUCAAGGUAAAGUAUUUUGUUUAACCUUUUGGCUCCCCAAAGUGAUUAACAUAGAAAUUCUCCCCAUAAUAUUCAUACAUUAUCUUGCAAACAGAUAGUGAGAAAACUCCAACUUAUCAGGUAGAAGUUGUUAUCUUGAUCUAACACUAAAUUCUCUUAACUAAUUUACAAGGAAAUGUGUAGCAGCUAGAGGGGAGAAGUAACAAUCAGAUCUUGGGAGUUAAACGGUUAAUAAAACAAUAUGUCAUUGAAGUUUUAAUGAAAACUGUAACAAAGUUGAUACAUAAUCAUAUGUCUGUUAGCGUAGUGAAGAUUUCUUGUUUGUAACUGGACAGUUGUAUUCAACAGAUUUACUUUAUUAUUAAGCUUUUGUACCUGUAGUUUCUUUUGUUUGUGGUAAGUAAUCAUACAGCUCUCAUGCAAUAGUUUUUACAAUGUUGUUUGGUGUGUGUGUGUGUGUGUGUGCAUAGGGCAGUGCUGGUCAAAUGAUAAAUUUUUCUUUCACUCUAAUCAAAGAGUGAAAAGUAAUGUUUUUCUUUAAUUUAUUUUUCCACAGAAUCCACAAAAAAGUCCUCAUCUUAUUAUCACAGGAAGUGGAACUGUAAGUUUACAAGAAAUGUAAAAUACAAUGGUGUAGCAUGACUUGUUUGUGCAGUUUGCUCGGCAGACCCCAAGUGUUGUCAGUAACAGUCAAAAAUUUAAUCGCGCUAAUUUAGUUUUCACUAUUCACUGACCACAUUACGUACCAUAUGGCCUAUACUCAUUGCAGGUAUCAAAUGUGAUGAGCUGCACACAAAAAUUAAUGAUAAAGAGGGAUAAUAAUUCCAUAAUAAAUUAAUGAUAAAUAAUUAAGGAAAAAGAAUUGUUUGGUCAAUUUAGUUUUAAUUCUUGUUAUUUCUUAAUUUCAGUGGACUAUUAGAUAUAAAGGACUAGGUGCAGCAAUGAAUUAUGGGUGUAAGUUUGCUUUUUUUUUAGAUUUGUUGGAGAAUAAUUUUUUUUGGAUUAGAGGACUGAUCUAAUUGUUACAUUUUUUUACAGCUAAUUUGACAAAGGUUAAAAGUUCAAUGGAGACGUUAAUAGCAAAAAAGAGAAAUGAAAGCCAGCCAUUGCUCAAGAAAUGGAGUCCAUUUCCACCUUCUCCAGCUAUUAUCUGGGUUCAGCAAGGUAAUAGGAUGUUGUGAAGAUGUGUCCACAUUAUAGUUUCAGGUUACUACAGACAACUUUUUAUUGCUGUUUACAGAACCAGUUGUGGAAGCGAAGCUUCAUGAGGUGCGCAAAAUGAUCACAAAUGAGAAGAUUGAACUUUUUAAUUCAAUCGUGGGAGAGAUGUUGUAAGUUGAUUUUUUUGUUUAAUAUCUGACUUCGUUAAGUACAUAAAAGGAGUAAGUCUCGAAAAAAACCGUGGUGCUGCGUUGGUGGGGAAAGGUAAUUUGGUUUCAUCAACUGGAUUGAUAAUUUAAAUCGGCCAACGUAAAGAGUUUAUAGAGCUGAGAUUUUUUGAGCGUUAGCCCUUCAUCAGGGGGAAUGAAGAAAGGGUAACGCUUGAAAAGUCAUUUUUAGAAACUCUUUAUGGUGGCCAAUUUACAUUAUCUACUCAGUUGAUUGAACCCAAUUAUCUUGGUGAAGUACGCAGUAUAUGUAUUCCUUAGGGUUAAAACAACUCUUUUGGGAUGCUGAUAUUUACAUUCGCAGAAAAUUAAUGUUUAAGCAGCCUAUUUAAACGAUUUGAUAACGUCCCGUUUCCAAAAUACAUGCGAUAUAAGUUUCGUUUCGAAGGAACUAUGAGAAGUAAACAGUAUUGAUGAUAAAAUGACUCCGCCAACUAAACCACUCCAAAACUAUCCGAAUUCGAUUCAUUCAGCCUUCAGACACUGAAAAUUCAGGAUUUAGCUGGUAGCUUACCUUCUUAGCUAAUAUACUCUUGUGUGAAAAUGAGUGAACACCGUUGAAUUUCUUUUUAAAGAGCUGUAACCCAAAACGAGUUUGGUGACCCUGUUUGGGGCCAUCGUAAAAGUUAUCGUAAAAUUUAGGAAGCUCUUAAUCUCUUUAUUUUAACCACUUGUCAGUGUGGGUAACACCCCUUGAAUUUUGUCGGCUUGUUUCUAACAACGCUUCCGCUUUUAGAAAUUUUCUGAAUCAAAAUUUCAGUAUGGUCUUUGCAACAGUUAUUUUACAAAAUCUAACUCUAUCUUUUGCCGCAGUCAGCAAAAAAAAAAUCGCCAAUAUUCAUCUCAAAGUACCGGACGUGGAAUGGCAAACGACCGUCCGGCCUCCGGCCUCAAAUGCCCUGGGUCUUUGCAACAGUUAUUUUACAGGAAACCGGAUCUUUUGCUCAUCAACAGAAAAUGGUCUUCGUCAUUUCAUGCCGCUAAGAGGAAACCGGAGUCAUCAACAGAUGGUCUUCAUUAUGGACAGCCAAUAACAACACUGGUACAUAAUGUUAUUUGUUACGUGUCAGUUAGAACUUGCGCUACGAUUGGUCAAUUUAGCGGGCCGUAUUUCACUUAACGCCCCGCUAAAUUCAAAAGUCUCUUUAAAUUGAAAUUUCCCCCCUCAAUUGGAACGCAGAUAUAAUGAAAAUCUUACUUCCCUUGUUGUAUCAAGUACUUAACUACAGAAUUUUUUUCAUUCGUUCUUGUCACCUGCGCAUUGACUGUCGAUUGGAACUCGUGAAUUUAUGAUUUCUUGUUUUUCAGGAGCUGAAUCUGAUUUUAAACUAUUAUUGCAAUCAAUAUCUUCAAGUUCCUGAUGCUACUUGUUGCUUACCAGCGCCAAGACUGACUCAUUUGCAACGAAACACGUUUGCUGUUUUUAUCACAUGGUAAGAAUAUAAUUUCUCAUAAACGAUCAGUAAGCUUUUUGCGCUAGCAUGAAAGUCAAAGGCAUCUUUUCAAGUCAACUUGAAAAGGCAUCUGGAGGUUUUUUGAAGCAACGAAACACGUUUGCUGUUUUUAUCACAUGGUAAGAAUAUAAUUUCUCAUAAACGAUCAGUAAGCUUUUUGCGCUAGCAUGAAAGUCAAAGGCAUCUUUUCAAGUCAACUUGAAAAGGCAUCUGGAGGUUUUUUGAAGCAGUAACCAGUGCUUCAUUGCUCUGUAAAAUUUUGCGAAAUUGGCCGGCUGAAUUCACAUGAAUGAUCGUAGACAAAACCUUUUAGCAUCGUGAUCAUUAAGUAUUUUUUUUAAUUUAAACGUUUGACAACCGCUAUUCCGCUAAGGUUAUAUAAAUACAUUUACAACUUUGAGUCUGAGAAAUUAGAGUUAUGUGGUUUUGGAAAAAUGAAAAAAAUCUUGAAUUUUGUUAACUAAACUGUGCAGGGGGGCUGUACCUUUGAGUAGAAUUAUUGAAGAAGAUAUUGACAAAUAAAGAUAACGUCUAGACCUUGUAAUGGCCUGCCUUAACCCUUUACACCCUAACAUCAGUUUGCAUAUUCUCCAUACUGUUCUCUAUACAUUUCCUAAGGUGUUGACAAGGAGAAUUUGUUCAACAAUCAAGAAUAUCUUACGUUGGUGAUCAUUUCCUUUAUUCUCAUGACCCUAAUGUUUGAUUCAGAGCUGAUAUUGUAAAGAGAAAUUAAAUGCUAGUCACUUUUGGGGUUGAAGGGUUAGCGAAACGAAUUAUCUGAGGCUCAGUGGCAGAGCAUCGGGGCGCCGAAUACGAAUGUCUUAGUUUCGAUUCCUUUGGGGAAUCUCGGUGCUUUUUUUUCCUCCCUCGCUACCAUGUUUCUUAUUCGUGCAUUGGGAUGCUUGUAUUUACAGCAUUGUACUGUUUCUGAUCAUGUUCGUUUGUCAGCAUCUGUGGCCUGCGGAACCGAGAGGAUCUGGUGGUGAGUUUCAUCAAGUACUUGCAUAAUCACAUCUCUGAAAAAAUUCAGGCCCGUGCGGGCCUAUUACUUAAGUGGUGUUCAUAAUUGCGAGGAUCGCUUCCAUUGCUUGUUUGCUCAGUUUGUUGAGCGCUGCACCGGUAUCGCAGAAGUCAUUGGUACAAAUCACGUACGGGCCUGAAUUUUUUUCACGCCUUAUUUUCACUACUACUUAAGAAGUGUUCAUAACUGCGAGGAUCGCUUCCAUAUUCGUUUCUUCAACCGCAGUUCACAUAUAUGAUUUCAUAUAUUUACAGUCAUUUAUUCACCACUUCGAGGGUUUAUUUAUAUUUAACGCAAUGACCAACUCCUAGUUGGCUUGUUAGCUCAGUUGGUAGAGCGCUGCACCGGUAUUGCAAAGGUCUCGUACGGGCCAAAAUUUUUUUCAGGCCUUAUUUUCACCACUUCUUAAGUAGCUGCCAUAACUGCGAAAAUCGCUUCCAUAUUUGUUUUCGUUUUUGUUUCAUGACACGCAAUCGAUCUACGCUCUGGUAGAACUCAAUGAUUGAAUUACUUUGUAAUCUAUCACUCACAGGUGCUGAGCCAACCACACCUGGGGGCCGUGCAAGUUUCUCCUUACGCUGGGUCUACUCUGACAGAAUGUAUCCUGUUAUGAAGAGUUUAUUCAAAAUGGGCCUCAUAAUGUUUUACUUCUACCUCUGUGACAGGUUAGUGUCAUGGGGCGCUUUCAUUCAGGAUAAGGUCUGGCCAAACUGUAAGAACAGACUUUUGCCGGUAUAAGUGGUUUCGGGAAUGCAUUCGUGGCAAAAGAAGUUUAGUAUCCGGAAGUCACAAUCACAGGUUUUCUUUCUGUAAAAAAAACGUUUUUUUUUAAUUACACCUAUCUUUUCUGAGGAAAAAACACCCUCUCAAAAGCGACAUGCAUGACUGCACUCACGUGCAGUGUCAGUCAAAACUCAACUACGUUCGGGCCAAGUCCCCACGAUGGAAAAAAAAAGUCAACUUGUUGUCAAUAUGAGUGUGUACCAUCUCUCUGAGUUCCGUCGGGCUCAUGAUGAUUUUUCUUCCUUGGCCGUAGUGACUGCUCCCUUUUUCGGUCUCACGACAGUCUGUUGAAAAGGGCUUAAUCGUUUUUGAUGUAAUGGCCAGACCGGACCAACGCACAGGGUCUUAAAAAGUAACAGAGGAGAAUGUGUUACCUUUGUCACCACAUCUGCAAAAAAGGUUAGACGGUCUAGACUUCUCGGAUAUGAACGAUAAAGCAUAGGCACUGUCUCGUCCAUCUUCUCUUUACUGGUGUGCAGGGGACGUUAAAGAACCCACGCACUUCUCGGGAACGCAGCUUACGGUGUUGUGGUCUGGCCUUGAUUCCAAAAUUAGGGGCAUCUGCAAAAGUUUCUUGCAAAAAACUUUUAACUGCUCAAUGCAGUCUGGCCAAAGUCCCCUCAAAGUCUUGUAAAUCGUAAUGAGCUUAUGAAUAUGGCGCCAUAGACUGAAAUCCGUCGUUAUAUUUAUUAUUACUUAUUACUUGUCUCAUCCAGUGCUCAGUUCAAUUUUUUAAUGCAGAUAAAAUUCCAUGCUGUUCGUUUGAAAAUUGCCUUUUCUUUCUGUUGAAUCUACAGGACAAACUUUUUUUUCAAGGAACAAAAGCAGUACAGUCAUCUGGUGUUUAUCUUGGUGCUGUUUGUUUUCUUGGCCUUGGGAGCCUGGACUUGGUCACCAGCUCAACAGGUUUGUUUUGUGAUUAAAAUGUAACUUCUUCUUUCAAUUCCAUACAUUACCCAGCGAGUAGACAUAGAGAACAGAGAUACAGAUCAGUUGGAAGAUGUUGACUCGAUGUUAGACCGAAUUAUCAAUGACCAAUUGACAAGAAAAUGGAUACCAGCGUCAAGGGAGAAUUAUGAAUUUAAUCUUGGAAGUUAAGAGUCAACGGGGAAUGUUUACAAAAUUUUCAGGCUAUAUUUGAUCAUAAGUGCUAAGUAAUUUGCUUUGCCAAAUUUGUUUUUUCAGACUGUGUUUUUAAACAGAGAUCAGACGAAUGAGUGGAGAGGCUGGAUGCAAUUAGUUAUACUUUUGUAUCAUUACAUUGGGGCAAGCAAGGUAAUGAUGGUGAUCGGUUCUGAUUCAGUCGAUGGAUUCACACACUAUUUUUUCUGAAAUGAACGAAGGACACUCUCCACAAUAGGAUGCGAAAUGACGUGCCUGUGGCUAGUUUACCACGAGUCUCUCGUGCAUUUAUGCAUGUCGUCCGUUUUACAUUAAAGUGCGCGGUGAUAUGCGCCUAUCGCCACGCGUCUCUUGCGCACACAUGCUUGUCUCCUGCUCUAUUACGAGGUGCGCGUACACAUGCAUGUGUAUCUCGCACUCCACCACAAUGGAUAAGGUGUGAGGUGACGUUCUUUUCGCCACAUGUCUUUCGUGUUAGCAUGUGUUUCUAUUGCGACUGCAUGUGUGUCUCACGCUCUUCUAUAAGGUGCAAAGUGACGUACCUCUCUUCAUGUCUGUCUCUCCUGGCGUAUGCAUUCUAGUUCCACUUAACUAGUGAUUGAACUGACUUCCCUGUUAAACUCUCUUGGAAAGGGUCGAGGUUGUAGAUGCGGAAUGCGGGAUGCGGAUAAACAGGUUAAUCCUCGCUUCACGUUUUAAAAGGCGUCAUAUCAUAAAAAUAGGAGUUGUCUUCUGCCACGCGCAAAAAAUUACGCUCAACGCGAGAGAAACUAUAAAAUAUCAAUUUGGUAAGCUAGGAAAACAACAAAAUGACAAGAGUGAACCCAACACAAGCAAAUAUGGGUGUGGAUGGAGAAGAUUGACUCUGAUUGCAAACAAACACUCGAAAAAUCCAAGCUGAGUUCAUUGUGAAGUCAGUGUUAGUAUUGUAGCGAACUAGCAUACAAGUUCUACUCCUCUCUAAUUUUCCUUUAUUCUAACUACAGGUGCUUCCAAUUUACGUGUUUAUAAGACUCCUCGUAGCUUCAUAUCUUUUCCUCUCUGGGUAUGGGCAUUUCUCGUACUUUUGGAAUAAGGGAGAUUUUGGCCUCUACAGGUUUUGUCAGGUAAUAACUUAAGUUACGUUUUAACAAAGAAGAAAUACUGAAUCCCCCGUGAAAAGUUGAACACCAGCUAUCGAUUUCGCUCUCGGGUGCUUUACCAACUGAGCUACAGGCAACACGUGUGGGGUCAUUUAACCCUUUCACAUCUAGUAGUAACCAAGACGUACUGUCUAUUUAGAAAAUUAAUACAAUAUCAAGCAAUCAACUUAUGGUAACAUUGAAAAAUGUCUUCCCUCUUUUUGUCUUUUAAAAAUAUAUAAAUCUAGUCGUGCAAUGGCACUAGGUGAAUUCCACAGUUUUUCGAAAUAGAUGGUAUUUCCUGAAUUUAAUUCAUUUUUCCGUCAAGUUCACCAGCUAGCCUAGAAUCGGUGAAAUCGACCCAGGUUUCUUACCUCACGUCCAAACAUAUCUCGAUCGCUCGCGGUUAAGUGCUUCAGAAAUUUCCAAUACACACUGUAAUGGCUUGUUUGAUCUCGUUUCAGGUUAUCACUCGCAUGAAUAUUCUCGUGGCUGUUCUCUGUUUAAUCAUGGGUCGCCCCUAUCAGUUCUACUACUUUGUUCCGUUAGUAACCUUUUGGUUUGUAGUGGUUUAUGCUGUGAUGGCAUUGUGGCCCAGAGUCACUGCUGCUCGUGUUAAAGGUGAGUAUAAUUUUUUCUGAUCAGGUUCUCCCUGUAAUGAUUCUCCUUUCCUCUUUAAAUUGGCAUCAACGCUUCCACUGCCCUGUAGAGCAGGUAUUUUCUUGGUGAAAAUUUAGCUACCAUCUUUGAUUCCAACAGCAGCGGAAGGCUGGAGAAAGAAAUAAAUUUCUACCAAGGGGAUGAGUGACGGUUAGGGUUAGGGCAGGCAAACAUGGCUGGUCAUGGCUUGUAACGUUAACUCGCCCUAAAAAAAGACACUUGCAUUGCAGGCUACUCUUUCUCUGCCGCAUCUCAACCUUAAUUCUCCUUCAGUUCUGUUUGCCGCACAGUUCGUAGAGAGAUAGUUCUGAGAAUAAAGGGUUUUAUCAGGCUAUGUCCCUUAAUUAAUGUUUUCAUCGUGUCACUGGUCUGCUCCAAAAUCUGCUCUCAUAACUCAAGGAGUCACUAACAUCUAACAUCUCCUUACAUUAUCAAACAUGGUUAUAAGAAUAUAGGAAAUGAUCAUCGACCAAAGAAGCUCUUGAUUGUCAAACAAAUUCUCCUUAUCAGUGCCAUUGAGAAUAUGCGGAGAACAGAAUAAAGAAGAUAAAUGUUGAUCUCUGGUUGUAAAGGGUUAAUCAAUUAGUCAGUAAAAGUUUUCCAUCAAGAUGGAGUUUCGUGUUUCAGAUCGGUUAAUGCUCUUGGUGAUUUCUUGAUUUUGAGAUAUUUUCUAGUUCUGCCGGUUACGUUUAUAUUAAACGCCGGUAAUUUUCCUGAUAGAUAACCAGAAGCAUUAUGUUGUUAUAUUGGUGAAGUUCCUGUUCCUGUUUGGCGUUAUUUCCACGAUCUGGAGCUCACCAGUAAGUAAACUGAAUGUGGUACAUCUACACAGACUUCUUCCUUAUCAUUUUAGCACGCUUAAAGGCCAUGAGAGUAUAAGAACUGAGGGAGCUUUGAUGAAUGCAGCUUGUAUACAUUUGUUGGGUCUUGUUCUCAUCGAUUCUAACUAGAAGGAGCUUUUCUUCGGGGGAAGGAGCGCGGGCUCAUUUUUGAGACGCACGAGGCAAUCGGAAGUAGAGUGAAACUAAUUGUGGCACGCUUUGUUGUCAGAGUAUCGACCGUACGGUUGUCGUUAAAUCAUUUCAACGCGUGUUUAACAUCAUAAUAUUCUCUUCAGGGCAGUCCUAGAAGCCACUUACUGUGAGAUCGCCCUCUGUAUAAAUAUUAAUUUUCUUAAUGUCAUUAUUAUUACCAAUAUUAUUAUUAUUGUUAUUAUUAGUUAUUAUUAUUAUCAUGCAUGUGAAUGACCUCUCUUUUUACCUCCCAGACGUUAUGCCAAUGGAUAUUUUCCCAGUGGGCCAUUAAAGAAUUAUUCAUUGAUGAGAAUGAUAGUGUUCGCGAGUGGUGGUUUCGGUCAUGGCUGGAUAGAUAUGUGAGUAACAAACUCUCUGUCGAUCGGAUUCUAUGUAGUUUACGAGAAUUCCUCGAAGGAUGAACGGAAGCUUCUUCGGGGUGAUUCUCUCUUUCUGAACCGGUCGUAGCAGGAAUAGAAGUCUUGUCGAUUACUAACGAAGACUUACCGAAAUCUCGUCACGUCAAAUGAAUUUACUCGUCUUUUAUUUUUUUCUCAGAGUAGACUAUGAGCACGGAUAAGCAGAUCUCAGUUCGACAUGAAAAAUUAACGGAAGCUUCUCCCGCGAGUUUUCGAGACUGUUUACUGAUUCAUAUUGUUUCUCUGACUUCGGGGAUAUAAUGAGCGCGGGCAAAUACAGUUUUAGCAAGAGGAAGUCGGAGCUUUCACGUUAGAUCUUCGAUGGCCCAUAAAACGAAUUAAAACGUGACUUUACAUGUGGUAAGAGGCUUUGAUAAAUAAGCUUGCAGUCAAAAGAAUUCAAUAUCCGAGAAAAUUAUGUUAAUAACAAGAAUAGGUUGACUGGAGUUGUGAAAGUACACGGGUUUAGGUCAGGGUAAUAGUACUAGAUUUAAUCCUUUCCACCCUUUUCUUUCAGGGUACACUUUUUGGAAUGGUUGUAGCAUUUCUUUACUGCUCUGGAAAAUAUCUUAAAAUGUUCGACGAUAAUAACAAGAGAACUCUUUUCUCCAGACCUGUAGGCUUUGUGUGUCUAGUAUUUGCUGUUGUGGCGAUAAUGGUAAGGAUAAGAUGUAACCGUUUGGUGUUUCCAGUCGGAGCAACUAACCGAAAGCAUCCGCUGAAAGGGAAGAAAAGGCCGUACAAAUUCUGAAAAUAGAUUUGUGCAACUCGGCGGCCUAAAAUGUGCCAUUCGCCCAAAGCGAGAGAAAAAAUCGAAACUGAUGCAAAGCUCAAGGUUAAGUAUGAUCAACCAAAAAGGCGGAAAAAAAGCGCAAAGCGCGGCAACAAUCGCAGUCGCUUCCCAGCGCGGGAAAAGUGUAAUCCGUCCCAAACGCGGGAAGAAUUGCAACACCGGCCAAGCGCGGGAAACGGUAACUUCUACUCAGAGCCGAGAGAUUCUAUCUAAAUGCUACUCCAUCAUGUAGGGGAUUGAAUGAAGGCCGGUUACCUCCGCCUGUAAAACCUCAUAUCGCGGUCUGUUUAGCUUGCGAAUAAGCUCUUGUGUUUUAUUUCGCAUUACAGUCCCUUUUCCGAUCUUAGCCGCCUUUUAUAUCAUCGGUAGCCGCUUAUAGAAAACAUGAUUAUAAUCCCUGCCCAAGCGCACUUACUUGCGAGGGAUCUUUGGCCAUCCAGAAAAGGAGCACGUCUCUUGAGACACUUCACCUUUAGGGGCCAGACGCUCAUGGACUCCUGAAGGAAACGGGAAUACCGUCACUCGGGCUUGACGAAGCGUUACGAACAAUAGGUUAUUCCUGGCUACGAAAUGCUCGUUUGCACAGCGAGGUUUUUUUUUUCUCAAAUCCCCUAAGUAACUUGUGAUGCGUGAAACUUUUUAAGAUUUGAAUAUGAAGUAACUAACCAACUUUUUUGGUUGCAGAUUUAUACUACUCAGGCAUUAACGUGCUCUUCUAAAGUUUCUUGCAAUCAGACUCAUUCGACAAUGUCAUUUAUACCUGUGAGUACAAGUAAUUGUUUCCUUUUAAUUCUUCUUAAUUUUCCAUCCGUUUGAUCCCAGCCGUGCCUCAACCGGCGCAGCAAGCGUUUCUAUACAAGAAAAAUGAAACGAGUAGUAUUGUCUUAAAGGAAAAACCAAACGCACAUCGGCCAAUCAUAAUAAAGAGAAAAAUCACUACCAAGUAAGCCAAUUAGAAUUUAAUGUUAAAACAAGCAAUCUGCCGAAAGCGCGGGAAAAUGCGAAUGGCCAAGUCGCGCUUGGUUUUAGUUUUUUAUCUGAUUGGUAAAGUUGGUGACGCGAGUUUUCUAGACCAAUCACAGGGCGUAGUUUAGGAAUGCCAAUGCAGUCGCAGAUUGUUCUCGAUUGAUUUUAGGGAGACGAUCACUGCAUAUUCAACCCUUCUCCUCCCUCCCCUUGUUCAAUUAUUUUUGUCCUCGCCUCAUCUAUGAAUCCCUCGUUUCAUCAGCCUCCUGCACCCUUGAAAUUUUUCUGAAUACCAUCCACUACUUUUUUCCUUAGCCCUAUCACCUUCUUACACACAGCUUUUAACUUUUAAUAUGCAAGGGAGAAUCUGUAGCGGUGGACUGUUCAUUACUUCAUCUCGCAUAAGUGCCUCUCACGAACCGAGUUCGAGGUUCCUACUGUAAGUUACCAUAUGGCCCGUCCGGCUCCGCUCGCCUAAUCCCAUAGAAAACCAUAGUGAAAGCUGACACGUGAAGGGCCAAACGGUUUACGUGAUCCGGUUCGGAGAGAGCCGUCCGGCCUUAGUGUACUUGUUCACCUUUGUUGCGGAAAAAAAAAGAACGAAAGAAAGAAAGGAAAAGUUUUUGUUGGAGAAUAUUUUUACGUGGUUUUCCCCCGCGCGCCAGUCUAUUGCGUCCUAUUUAAGUUAAAACAAACUUUUUAAAUUUUUCAAAACUUAGUCAGUGGUCAUUUGAUAAAAUGCUUAUUGACUGGGUUAAUUCUGGCCGGACGGGAAAACAUUUGUCUCUCGUUCAUGACGUACGAACCUCGCUGUGCUCGGUCUGUACAUCAUGACCUCGAGCCAUACACUUUACGGUCUGGCCCUCUCCUUCAAUAAGUACGUAUUACGGACCGAGGUUCCGUAACUUACAAUAAGGACCCAGAAAACGAGGUAUGUUAAGUAUUUAUAAGGGGCUCACUGUUAGUAAUCUUUUGAUGUAAUAAUAUUCUCUUCCAUUCUUUCCCUUGGUUUUUUUCUUGUAGAUUAUAGCCUUCGUGUUUCUUAGGAAUGUUCCCGGUCCGUUCCGGUCAAAAUUCAGUAAAUUUUUCUCCUGGGUUGGAAAUAUUUCUCUCGAGGUUAGUACCUGUAGUUCGCACACGUUUUUUGUUGUUAAAUUGCGAUAGUAGAAUUCAUAUUUGCUCCCUGCGAAUUUCUUCAUUUUUUUUUUUAUGAUCCAUCCCUAGGUAGUUUUAACUCUGUUGAAAAAUAAAAAAUUGAUAGUUAACCCUUAACCCGCCAGAAGUGAUUAACAUGAAACUUCUCACAGGUAAAACAGUCCUUGUGGGGACUCAGAAUUUUUUUCCUUUGUCCCGCUUGUAACAAGACGAAUAACAUCUUUCUUUUGGUAAAGAGAAUGUUCAAAUUUAUCAGGUACAAGUUGCUAUCUUGAUCGAGCACCAAGUUCUUAUAACUAAUUUACAAGGAAAUGUUAAGCAGCUAGGGAGAAUUAACAAUUAGAUCUUGGCAGUUAAAGGGUUAAUGCGAACGUUUUCGCUUUGGGGUACAGAUUGCUGAAAGCAGACGGCUAGAACUUACGUUGAAACAUUUUGCUGUUCUUUGUUCGCCGAAAACUCUCUGUGUUGCAUCUGGGCAGGGAACCAAACUCCUUUAAAAAAUAAGUGUGCGAUAGGUUUGCAAGGGGCUUGGUACUGAUAAAGAAUGGCUCUCAUUAUUAGUGCCAGUCCCCAGUUCGUAUAGUACUGCCAGAGAGAUUAAGAUCAACCUCGCUUACGAUGUACUUUCUGUUUAUGUUUCAGUUGUUUAUAGCACAGUACCACAUUUGGCUGGCGCAUGACACAAAAGGAGUAUUAGUGCUUAUUCCGGAUCAGCCUUUACUCAAUGUCAUUCUCACCACCUACGUGUUCGUCUGUGUAAGCCACGAAAUUCAUAAAGUUUCCGGUGUGUUGGCAAAUGCUCUGAUCACCAAAGACAUCAAAACAAUGUUAAGAAGAGUGCUGUUUUUCAUCUUCAUGUUGAUUAUAAUCUGGUGGCAUAAGACUCACCAUGACCCGAAGCCAGUGUUAACGUGAUACUCUGAAUACUCGAGUGUAGCGAACUGGCCACGAUAAUUGCAUCCAUUGAUGGGUGAAAUGACGACGACGCUGUCCGACGACGCUUCCGAAGAUUCUCGAACCCGAAGACCUCCGAUUGUGUUGUCGGCCAAGCCGAAGCAAAUCUGACCUGGACUGGCUUUAGUUCCAGAAAUCGAGGCAUUCUGGUAAACACUUUGCAGGAAAAUCUUGUGAAACCACAAAUUCGUCUUUAAAAGUUUCCUGCAUGGUCUGAUUAAAGAAAAGAAAAGCCAUUCAGAACAAUCAAACCACGAAACGAACCUUUCCUUGUAUUAUUUAUUUUGCGCGAAGUUUACAAGGUAAUAUUGAUUCAAUUUUUCAAGCCCACACUCAGUAUCGCUCAAGUGUGCUACAGCAUCUACAUGCGCGUCAAAGUGCACGUAAUGCGUGGGAAUGAAACGCGCUUGCAAUGCGUGUAGCUCCACGCAGGAGCAGAAAUCGGGAGAAAGCCAUAGAAAGGCAUAGAAAGGUCUGCGAUUAUUAACAAAAUUAUGUAAAAUAAAAACGUGUAUAGCGCAAGGUCUCACUUAUAUUAUACUUUGAAUUGUAGAGUAAUUCAGUUGAGUUACUUAAAAAUUUUAAUCUUGAAGUAGAGAAGGCGGGUUUUGGACAACCUCUUUUUCAAGGGAUUUCAGGAAUAGAUAAGAGC